UUGGGAGUCUCAUCAGCUGAUGUUUGUCAGCCAUUUUGUGUAAGGUGAUAUUCAUUAUUAUCUUCAAUUUUAAUCAUAAUUAGUUACACCAUUUAAUGUUUUAUCAGUGCGUUUCUUUGGUAACACUGAGUUACUCUUGAAUAUAAAAGGAGAAUCCAAAUGAUGUCAGAUAAUCAACCCAAAAGACCACCGAGAAUGGCUAGAUCAAUGAGCAAAGAAUCUUCGACUGGACUUUUAAUGUCUGUCAUCCGAUCCUUAACUGCAAGUCGAGAUGUGGACGAAAGAGAUCGAGAAAAGGCUAAUCUUGAAAGGGAUUUUGGUGAAAGUGAUGCGCGGCUAGACCAAUUGAUCGUAAAUCAUCACUCCGACUUGACGGCAGUCAUGAAUGCUUUCAGCAAAGUGUCUACACAACUAAAAGAUGCUAAGGAAAGAUGCAAAAGCAUGAAAGAAAAUUUGAUUACUUGCAAAGACCUGUUGAGAUGCAAAAAGGACGAGCUUCGCAAAUUAUGGAGAGAAUCACUCGAAAAUCGUCAUGUUCUUGAACUUUUGAAUGAAGUCGAAAAUGUAACACGGGUUCCAGAAACAGUAACUGACCUGGUGGAAAAGAGGAAAUAUCUUCAAGCCUCUCAACUUCUUGUUGAUUCUAUUUCUUCACUAGAAUCCAAUUUGCAACAUGUAGAAGCCCUAAAGGAGGUUAAAUCUGAUCUGAUUGCCAGGAAAGAUCAAAUAUAUAAUAUGCUGAUUGAUGAAUUGCACAAACAUGUCUACGCUCGUUCGACGGCUCAUUUGGUUAAAAAGUUCAAAAGAACUGCUUCCGAAAGACGAAAAGAUGGAAAUUUACCAUCUCGCAAAGUGUCAAUUGCUGAUAUUUUGUCACCGGCACUUUAUCAAAGUAACCUAUCAAUUCGUCGCCGUCCAAAUUUGAGUUCACAAACAGACAUAACAGACGAAACGACCAACCAGGAAGGACAAAGCGACAACCAAACUGAUAUUGAAAAUGACAGUAAAAAUUUCAUCAGUCUAAUCAUUGACUGUCUAUGUUUAUUAGGCAAAAUUCCAGACACAGUUGAGGUGAUUAAAGACAGAACAGAGAAAGAACUGGUCAAUCUAGUCAAACGGACCGCACGGGAAUUGAUUGGAGGCAUAAAUCACCAAAAUUCCAAUGCAAAUAUUACUUUUAAUAAUGGCCCUAUCACUGUUUGUUUGCGGUGCUCAUUAAUUUUGAAGGACGAAACACAUCGAUCCUAUUUGUUACAGGAGUUAUUUGAAUUACUGUUCCAACAAUUUCGAGUUGUGGUUACAUUGCAUGAAAAUAUCCUCCUUCCGUGCUUGAAGAACGCAAUCGUUCAAUGUGAUCUGCAAAAUAGUUCAAUAGUGUUUUAUAACUCUGCUGAUCUUUGGACAAAAAUUCAAUCUGUUUUACAAAUGGUUGCCGAUUUAUAUCUUGACAUUAGUGGAACCAAUGCAAUCGAAAAAAGUAUUGCUGCAGCUUCUCAAGAUAGCAAAAUGUUAACGCAUUCGUCAACUUCUCUGGCUGAUCUCAAUAGUUAUUUUGUGCGAAAAAGACCCGCUUUAAGUGUUACAGUUGGCAAUAGUUUUCAUAAGAUAAAGAAAACACCUCUUUUCAAGUUUGAUUCUUCAUCCCAUGCAAUGAGUUUGAAUGCUUAUUUUCAAGAACAAAAAGAGGCGAUGAAAGCAGAGAGAAGUGGUGGUAAUGCCAUGGAUUCAAUCGAUUUAUCUCUUAGUGAGACAGAACAAUACCUUGUUUGUGAGCCUGCCGCAGAAAACAUUGUUGUCUUUUUUAAUCCUUUGAUGAGAUUUAUCUUUGAUAUUGACGAUGAACUCAAUCUAGAAGAAGAUAAUCACUGCCCGCUCUAUUCGUAUUUGAUUAGCUGUGUUAAAUUAUUUUUCAAUCAAAUCAAGAUUGAUCUGGAUCGUAUUUUGGAUACUUCAAAUAAGAGUUUGGAUGCCUGGAGAAUUGUUAAUGAUCCUGAUAUGAUGAACAAAUUAAAUCAAAGUAGACCCAUUUUGCAGAGUGCUCUUAUUAUUGACAAAGCAAGUCAAGAUUUGAAAAAUCUCAUUUUUGCCUUACCGAUGUAUGCUGACGAAUUUUUAACCUUCAUUUGUAACCUGUUAUCCAGUUUCAAAGAGUCGUGUUCAUCAGCCUAUCGCGGUAUUGUUCAACCUGAAUCUGAAGACAAACGAAUAAUUAGUGCAACUUGGGCUAAAGAUGAGGAUAUCAGUCGAUUUCUCAAAGAUUUACCUAAUUGGCCUGGUGCUCAAAAACCUUAUCGUGAAGUUCGUGGUCGAAACUUGGCUGCUAUUGGUUCCUCCAUGACAUUUGAUGAAUCUCCUGAAGUUAUUAGGCUUAGAAAUAAAAAGGAAUCUGAAAUUUUGGCCAGUAAUUUGACACAAGACACUCUUAUUCCUAGCCAUGAGAUUCUUUCAGAUGUUUCACAGCUCAAAUCACUUGGUCAACUUCAAGAAAGUCUUGAAUGGCUUGCUAGUCAUAUUUUCUCACUAGCAACUAGUUUAUCUAAAUCUCAAAAUGACUCUAACCUUUUGAAGGCUCAACUUAUGCCCAGUGGUCAAUCAAGUCAGCAAAAACAUCAGAUUGAUGUUGUAAAUUUAGCUGACGUUUCGAUUGCUGCCCUCAAUCAGAUUGGACGAGAAUUUGAAGAGUUAUCUGAAACUUGUUUACUUGUUCUUCAUCUUGAAGUUCGAGUUCAUUGUUUCUACUAUCUUUUAAGAGUUACAAAGGGAAACUUUGCUCCUGGAAUCGAUGCUCAAGAACCUGAUGUUGAAGUUGUCCAGUUAAAUAAAGAUCUGUCCAGCGUUGAUGAAGCACUUAGCCUGUCAUUACAACAAUGGAAAUUAAAGUAUGUUUUUGAAGGUGUCUCUCACCUUGUGGCCACAAUUUUAAUCAACAGUGCUUCUUCAAUCGAUCGAAUCAACCACAAUGGAGUUAAAAAAAUGUGCCGCAACAUUUUCGCCAUUCAACAAAAUUUAACCAGCAUCACAAUGAGUCGAGAAGUUGCUCUAGAUUAUGCCAGACAAUAUUUUGAGCUUUUCUAUUCAUCACCCGAAGAAAUUCUUGCCCUAAUUGAGGAAAGAGGACCACAAUUUCAAGCCCAGGAAUAUGUUAGUGCUAUCGAGCUUCUCCAUCGAAGCAGUCCAGGUCGAGAUCCAAAUAAACUUAAAGCAAACAAGCAAAGGCUGGCAGAGAUUCUGGAUGAAGCUGCUGUUUCAGUUUAAUUGUUUUUUGAUCUUUAUAAUCUAUUGCUGUAUAUCUGUUUAUAAUAUAAUAUUUUACUAUUAAUCUUCAAUUCGUUGAAAUUGUUUUCUUUUGUAAUUUUGGUUACAAUAAAACUACAGUCAUUGAA